AUGAAUAAGUUUAUCAUAGUUUUAAUUGUCGGCACCUGCAUUGCCUCUGCUUUGGCCACCGAUUAUUGUUCAGCCAAGUUAUGUAGUAAAGGCGUAACACAUGUUGCCUGUGGGAAGAAGGAAUUUUUCGACACCUGCCCAUCCAAUGCUGCCUUUGUCAAAAUCGAUGACACUUUGAAAGAAGAAAUUGUCCGAGCGCACAAUGAAAAACGUAAUCUGGUUGCCGGAGGUGGAGUAAAUGGUCUGGAACCUGCUUGUCGUAUGGCCACCAUGGAAUGGGAUGAUGAAUUGGCUGCUGUUGCUGCCUACAAUGUUCUCAAAUGUAAAAUGGCUCAUGACAAGUGUCGCAAUACUGAAACCUUUAGAUAUGCUGGUCAGAAUUUGGCUUGGCGCUCAUUCUGGGGCCAGCAAAGUUAUAGCACACUUUUCAAAAAAUCCUUUGCCAUGUGGUAUGAUGAAGUUAAGGAUGUUAAAAUGGAAUAUCUCAAUGAGUUCCCUAAGGGCUACAAGGGACCUCAAAUUGGUCACUUCACUGUUAUGAUGGCCGAUCGCAAUAUCCGUGUGGGUUGUGCCGCUGCCACUUAUGAUGACACCAGAAUCGAUGGUGAUAGACAAAUCUUCUUGAUUGCCUGCAACUAUGCUACCACAAAUAUGUUGGGUUUCCCCAUCUACAAGAACUGCAGCUCUCCAGCCACAUCAUGCUCAACGGGUACAAAUCCUGAUUAUCCUAAUUUGUGUUCCACCUCGGAAGUUUAUAAUGUUAACAAGUGGUAUUAG